UCUGUUCGCGUCCCGUGGCCAUGCAAUAACGAAUAUUUGUCUUUCGUAUUUUCAAUUAAAACAUAUCGCAUUUACUUGUCGCUAUAUAAAUUGUUAUUCACUGAUUGAUCUACAAGAAAAGAUAAUGGAUUUCAUCAAAUUGCCUAUUUUUACGUAUGCUCUUGUUAAGCACAAAUUGCAAAAUGAUUUUAAAUUAUCGAAGAACCAAGACAUGCCAUUUGUAAUAAUCAACGUGCUACUGACACUCGCCGCUCUUCUCGUUGCGAUCCCCGUCGUAUUAAUACUUUGUAUGUACAAAUACUUAAUUAGUUUCAUUUUAUAUAUGAAAUAUGAUAAGAAGUAUCGUUACAUUAUGCCGGGAAUAGAUAGUUUCUGCAAUCGUGAAUACAGAUGUCUCAUAAAUUCCGUGCUUUUUGUAGAAUACAAAAAGUCCCCAUCGGAAUUGCUGGAAGACUUGCGCGAAAGAAUAAACAACGUUCUGCAUGGAACACACGAGAAAAUAUCUUUUACCAGGCAUAGAUUCAUGGGUCUAGAUUUCUACUUGAAACGAGAUUUUAAUGUUGAAGAAUUGGUAAGGCCAAUGAUCAAAGGUGAAUGUACACAAUUAAGUAGUUCGGCUUUUGCUGAAAUUAUAUCUAUCGAAGAUAAAUUGGUAAUGCCUGGAAAUGAUAUGGGCAUGUUCGAAGUGUCAGUUGGACAGCAGCCGAUGGCCGAAGAUGUAUACAACUCGUCGAAUGUUUAUCCGAUCUUGUUUAGAAUGCAUCAUUCUCUGUGUGAUGGAAUUUCGUUUAUAAACGCUUUUUACACAACUUUCAUUGAUAACGAAUUGCCUGCAAUCGAAAAAUCAAUGAAAGAUAAAAUAAUUGAAAAUAUGAUAGACUUGAAACUGGCCACGCAAACUACAACCAUUAAAAAUAAUAUGUUCAGCCUUAGAGAUCAUAACUCGUUAAGAGGUUACAACUUAUUAGAAGACAAGCACUUUGUGUGGACCACAAAGUUAAAUUCAGAAAUUCUGUUGAAAGUAAAGAAAAUUAGGAAAUACUAUGGUACUUCUUUCGCUAGUACCAUUACUGCUUGCUUAACAAGUAGCCUUCAUGAACACUUGGCAAAGAGUAAUGAAAAAAUUCCUGAUACAAUAUUAGCAGGUCUUGUUGUAUUACCAAAACCGUGCACUUUUCAAUGGGGAAAAAUGAGAACUGAAUUUGUUAAUGAAUUUGGCGCUGUUGCCAUCCAAUUGCCCAUAAGUGUAGACAGUGUUAAAAAUCCCAUUGUUACACGAAUCAAAUUGGUCCAAAAAGAAUACGAAACAAUACAGAAGACCAUAGAUUGUCAACUAAAUUAUUGGUUCAUCAAAUUCCUCAUACCAAUGCUACCUGCUCCUGUGACAGACUACUUGAAGAAAAUCCCAUCGAUAACAAUGGGCAUCAGCAAUUUACCAGGAGGUCCCGAAUUCUCGUUAUUCAACGAUGACGGCAAAGUCAUAGAUAAUUUAAAUUUCCCUCCAAACAGCACAGGAACUGGAAUUCACGUUGCUAUCAUAACCUACGGGUCGUACCUUAGACUCUCAAUAACGGUCGACAAGAGUGUCGUUAGGAAAUUCACAGAUGUCCAAGAAAUACUCGACAACACGACCAAGUACAUUGAAGACCUGGCGGACAAUUGCAAAUGAUUAUUAUGUUAAUAAC